AGAGAGAGAGAGCGAGAGAGAGAGAGAGCGAGAGAGAGAGACUGCAGCAACCGACAUGGAGCUCGAGCCUUUCCGGAGGAGAGCGAGCAUCCUCUAAUCUGCCAGGAUCACGGUAGAAUACAUUGACACCUUAGACAACAGACAACACUUCUAUAUCACCAUGAGGAACUGCUGACACCCCCCCCCCUCACCUGACUACCAGAGAGAAGACACUUUCUUCCUCCCAUCAUCUCUACCACUCCGCCCGUCUUCACAAGGAUAAGCGUUAUAUUCGAGAGUGGAAAAAGUGACCGUCAAAAGCUGAAGCCCUCUCUUGACACUUGACCUCUAACCACUGACCUGUGACCUCAGUAUGUCAGGUCUGCGUGGUAAGCUGCAGCGUGUCCAGUGGCGGGCAGGAUGGCACUCCUUCACCUCCAGAGUCCUCAGGACCAAACCAGUAGAGAGCAUGUUGGACUCUGGGACAGGUGGUACCAGCAGCCAUGGCACCAAACUAGCGAGGGUGUUGUCCACGGUAGACCUGGUGUCACUAGGGGUGGGCAGCUGCGUUGGCACGGGGAUGUACGUGGUCUCUGGGCUGGUUGCUAAGGAGAUGGCCGGACCUGGCGUCAUCGUCUCCUUCAUCAUCGCUGCUGUCGCCUCUAUACUGUCAGGAGUGUGUUAUGCUGAAUUUGGGGUUCGCGUUCCCAAGACAACAGGCUCAGCCUACACCUACAGCUACGUGACAGUGGGGGAGUGUGUGGCCUUUUUCAUUGGCUGGAACCUGAUCCUGGAGUACUUGAUUGGCACAGCCGCGGGGGCGUCGGCUCUCAGCAGCAUGGCGGACUCACUAGCCAAUAAAAGCAUCUCUACGUUUAUGACUACACACAUCGGAACACUCAACGGCCUGGGUAAAGGAGAGCAGUCGUACCCAGACCUCCUGGCCCUGCUGAUAGCAGUAAUAGUGACAGUGAUCGUGGCCCUGGGGGUGAAGAACUCAGUAGGGUUUAAUAAUGUGUUGAAUGUGAUCAACCUGAUGGUGUGGGUCUUCAUGAUGGUGGCCGGACUCUUCUUCGUUAACGGACACAACUGGGACGAUGGAAGGUUCUUACCCUUCGGGUGGUCAGGGGUGAUGCAGGGAGCAGCAACAUGUUUCUAUGCCUUCAUAGGGUUUGACAUCAUCGCUACUACAGGAGAGGAAGCCAAGAGUCCCAACACCUCUAUACCCUAUGCUAUUACUGUUUCCCUCAUCACCUGCCUUACUGCAUACGUCUCUGUAUCAGUGAUUCUGACUCUGAUGGUUCCCUAUACAGAGAUCGAUGCAGACGCUCCUCUGAUGGAGAUGUUUGCUGUACAUGGCUGUUAUUUUGCUAAGUACAUAGUAGCAGUAGGCUCUGUAGCUGGCCUGUCUGUCAGUCUCCUGGGCUCUCUGUUCCCCAUGCCACGAGUAAUCUACGCUAUGGCUGGAGACGGACUGCUGUUCAGGUUCCUGGCCCAUGUGUCUCCCUACACUGAGACUCCAGCGGUGGCAUGUGUUGUGUCUGGCUGUCUGGCUGCUCUCCUCUCUCUCCUCGUCUCCCUACGAGAUCUCAUAGAGAUGAUGUCCAUAGGAACACUACUGGCUUACACACUGGUUAGUGUGUGUGUGUUGUUGCUACGCUACCAGCCAGAAUCAGACAUCCACGGCUUUGUGAACUUCCUGUCUGAGGAGCAGUCCAAUAAGAAGAAGGAGGGCGUGUUAGCUGAGUGUGAGAAGGAAGUGUGCUCUCCAAUCAGUGAAGUAGAUGACUACGGAGGACCUCAAACUAACACCUGUGGAGCGAAGAAUCUCCCCUCGCUAGGCGACAACGAGAUGCUGAUUGGUAAACCAGAUAAAACCACUUACACUGCCAGCCACCCGAACUACGGCACCGUCGACAUGGGCUCCGGCAUCGAAUCAGAAGAGUCGGAGGGCGGGAUGUCGUGGAGGCUGAAGAAGCUGAUUGGUCCGCGGUACUACACCAUGAGGAUCCGAUUGGGCCUGCCUGGGAAGAUGGACCGGCCCACUCCGGCAACGGGAAAGACAGUUACUGUCUGUGUCCUCCUCCUCUUCCUCGUCGUAUUCAUCUUCAACUCCUUCAUCAUCUUCGGAGCGGCCAGCAUCGGUGAUGGCAGCUGGUGGGCUCUUCUCCUGCUGAUCUUCCUGGUCAUCUUCAUGGCCCUCCUCAUCGUCAUCAUCCUGCAGCAGCCAGAGAACCCGAAGCGACUGCCCUACAUGGCUCCGGCUGUUCCCUGGGUUCCUGCUGCUGCCAUGCUGGUCAACAGCUACCUGAUGUUAAAACUGUCUGCCAUCACCUGGAUACGCUUCGCUGUCUGGUGUUUCCUAGGUAUCCUGAUCUACUUUGGUUAUGGGAUAUGGAACAGUACUUUGGAGAUCAGGUCCAGGGAGCAGGAGGUCCAUGCGUCUACAUACCAGCGCUACGAUGGUCACCAUGCCGGGGUGGACGACGGCUUCUCAGGCUUCAGAGUUGACGACGACCUCUACCCCCCUAGCAACAACGACCCCUGGGCCGCACCAGACGGUGUUGACGGGUCAGGGCUGGUACCCCCCACGGCUGAUGAUGAUGAUGAUUGGACGGAUCCAAAGGGAGGAGCUAAGAGAGCGCUAGCGGAGGAGGACCCAAUGGAUUUCUGAGAAGAAAGGAAUGAUGGACGGAUGUUUCCGAGAGGAUUGAUAGAUGUUACUGUUGUUAACAACUGAAUGUACUGCCUACUGCCGGCUGCCUGCCUGCGUGCGUGCGAGUGAGUGAGUGUGUUCAUGUGAAUGUUUGUGUGGGUCCCUUGUUACUUAUUUAAAAACAUAUUUUUUUUCAUUGAAUUCCAAAGGAAGUAUGAUCCUAUGGAGGAAAGCUGUAGACUACCAAUCAGAAACAGUGGGCGGGGUCUUUGGGUUGAUUUGGUGAUGGGCAUACAGUGAAGGUAUUUUCCUCUCACUAUAGACAGUCCAGAGUGAUGACAGACUGGGAGCGACUACUCAGCAUUUCCUGGUUCACCACACACACGGGAAGCUGUCAGAGCGCUGAGCCAAGGUCACUUCCUGUCACUGGUCCAGGUGUCUGCUGCUUCUCUCAUCUCACAGAGAGGAAACUAGCUACACACACACAGACACUCUUAGACACACACCCGCCUCUCCAGUCUCUAUCUGGGAAUGGGGGGCUGAUGUUUUUUUUUGUGUCACAUAGUAAUUGGACUUUGCUUGCAAUUUGUGCCUUCAUCUGUGUGUGCACGCGUGUGUUUUUUUGGGGGGCUGUGUGUGUGCAUGCGUGCGUGUUUGUACGCUUUUACACCUUGUAUUUGUGUCCCCUUCAGGGUCUUACCAGUGGAGUGUGUUUGUAACUUAUUUUGCUCCAUCCCACUCUAUGAAUCCCCCCCCCCCAUCCCUCCCCCCCACAAGCCCCUGUUGCUGCGUUACUAGAGCUCAGAAUGGAAAGGUUCUAAAUGACAGAUUUGUUCUAAACAGAGUUAUGGACGCCACCCUGCUCUGCUCUGCCUACAGGCUAAAUCUCCAAAUGAAUGUUACUAUAUUAGAAAGAAGACGAGAUGAGAAUUGCUCUCACAUCAGACAAAUAUCUCUGAGUGUUUAGUCACAUAGAACCCUCUAAUUCUAUGGUCUCCGCCCCCAUGGGGAAGCCUUACCUGUCAAAUGCACUAAACUAAAGAUGCCACGCGACCCCUCCUACUCCCCACCCCUAAAUGCUGACCUCUAUCCCUAACCACUACCCAGGGUUCUCUCUGCUGUUCAGGGGUGGGCUCGCUUGUGUUGUCCAGUGAAACAGACACACACAGCUGAGCUGAACUGUGUGUGCGCGGGUGUGUGUGUGUGCGUGCGUGUGUGUGUGUGCGUGUGUGUGUGCGUGCGUGUGUGUGUGUGCGCGUGUGCGUGUGUGUUCCAUGCCUGUGGCUAUGUGACGUGGCUGGCUGGUGUAUGUGAUCGCAUGCUAAUGUGUAUAGCAUGGUUGUAGAUGCGGUAUUUGCAUGUGGUGACCGACAGCUAAGAGACAUUCUAGAACUAACAGCACCCUACUCCAAACUGACCCCUGAUCCUUGAUAAGGGAAACUAUAGGGUGAAGGGGACUGAUCGAUCUGGAACUGGGGUAUGAUAUGUAGCAGAUUUAGGAGUUGGUGGUUCUAUGGUUUCAUCUCCACCCCUCACCACCGCUCACUCCACACCCUGUGUUUACAAGGUAAGCCAAAGUCCACAACAUGUGUUAACUUUGUAGAGAACAAAACAACCAUGAGAUGUACAUGUACAAUAGAUUGAAGUCACUCACGGUAUAUUACGUUCUGCUUAUGAACGGUUCAUAAUCACUUCAACAGGGUUUGUUUAGGUCAAACUCAAUUAUGAAUGUUAACUAUUCAAUCAGGAUCCACCUGGAACCAAAUAUAAAAAGACCCAAAUAAUGUAAUUUUUCUAUUGAAACAAGUUAACUAAGGGUUAACUACAUAUCUAAUAAUGGUUUAGAAUUCAAGUUUUACUGAAACCACUUGGUAGAGUAGACACAUGCAGUUACAUUCACUAGCUAGAGUAAAUGCAUACAGUUACAUUCACUAGCUAGAGUAAAUACAUACAGUUACAUUCACUAGCUAGAGUAAAUACAUACAGUUACAUUCAUACAGUUACAUUCACUAGCUAGAGUAAAUACAUACAGUUACAUUCACUAGCUAGAGUAAAUACAUACAGUUACAUUCACUAGCUAGAGUAAAUACAUACAGUUACAUUCACUAGCUAGAGUAAAUACAUACAGUUACAUCCAACAGCAUCGACACAAAAACAUGGGGAAACACUAUCAAACAAAAAUAGGAGUAUUUUUCUACUGCUGGGUCACGCCCACACCUAUGCUCCUCCAAAUGUGGGCCUCCACAGUAAGUGGGUGAGGUUUAUCCACUUUCACUUGUAUUUCGUCCAAUCAGAGCUCAGCUUGGGAGGAAACGGUAAAAGCUUAUAUUUUUUACUUCUAUCUCUAGUCGGUUAAGGUUAAAAAGUUAAAAAAAUAUCUUAUAACAUUUAUUACAGUCUAAAGUAGGCAAAUUAGAAGGUUAUAAAAACAUUAAAAAACAAAAAACACUAUUUUAUUACAACACUAAAGAAAAUGUUGCCACUGUUGCUUUUAAAGUCUGAGGUGCUGUUUGUUUGUUCAUUUUGUCUCGGGAGAAGGUGUGCCAUGUUUCUGUCCACUUCCUGGUAUUCAAUCAUAAUGCAUUCCGGUUUGAACCGCACAGAACGUCAACAAUCUUCCUAACAGCUUCCUAAAGCCCAUUUAGGGACGGGUGAUAUAAAUUAACACCAGCUAUCCACAUUGGUUAAAUUGCUGGUUUAUUCAAUAGGUCAACGAAAUGCACUGCGAUUGAAUUCCUGCCUCUAUCUCUCUCCUGCUGUGGCUGGCUGUCUUUGUGGGAUGUUGAGACUGGCUUCUGUUUGCUGACUAGAUAUUUGUUUUUCUUCUGUAUAUUUUUGCUAUCUGAAGUUGUAAAAUGUUCUGAUGUAUUUGGGGUUUUCUGUUAUUGUUUUUGACUUCAUCUGAAAUGACACCCUAUCAGGACACUGGCCAAAAGUAGUGCACUAUAAAGGGAAUAGGGUGCCAUUUUGAAUGCAGACCCCAUGUGUGUUUUUGCUCCUGAGUGCAAUUGUUCAAGCUGAGUUGUCGAUAUCGCCUCCAUGCAACAAUGAAACAUUAUUUAUUGCAAAUAUGAA